AUGAACCCAGGUCGCGAUACAGUGACACCAAGAAACGUCGCUCAAAACAACUUUUUCGAAGAGCAAGCGUUCAAGCCCGACAUAGCGAGUCAGAAGCUGGCAGAUAUGUCGCGAGAACCUGCCUUUUCAACCUCUGGCGCUGCAUUUGAUUCAGACUUGUACAAGACGGGAGCACAGUUGCCUCGCCCUUGCAGUCACUAUAGUCACGCUUCCUUGGAACUGCACUUGCCCACCAACUUCGACAAGUACAUGGGUCUAGAUCGCAACGAAACCACGAAAGGCGACCAAGCAUACAGCUUGGCCGCCUGGCAUUCUGAAGAACAUCAAAUCCAGCCAACGGUCGGCGACAAGGCCGCUUGGCCAUACAAGCGCAAUCCUUCCGAGCCGCCGACCGGACCAAUUGCCGCGGUUCGAACUGACUCCAAGAUAUCCAUGCAUCAACGUUUGCCUUCUAGCUCAUCUGGUAUCUAUGGCGAAGAACGACAGGUACCAGCAUCUGAACCCGGAUCGGAUCUCAGCUCGGACUACUCUGAUCCCUUCCAAGUCUCAGGUCUUCCUUUCCCUCCCAUCUACCCCUCUGAAUCCGGCCAAGAGACGCCGCCCAGUUUUGCCUACAUCGAGCCUCAGCACAGACCUCUGCCAGACUAUGUAAUGGAAGAGCUCAAGCGCCUCAAGCUGGAGAACAUGGCUCUUCGACGCAUGGCGCAAGAGGUAGUCAGGAUCAACAUCAGUCCCGGCUCCCUCGAGGGUCAGAAUCUUGAUCGGCCGGCCCCCUUCUGUGCACACCACCCACCUUUGACAUCACCGCCUCGUCUUCAGCGCGUUUACGAUGGUGCUGACCCAGUGCAGGUAUAUCACGAAGCUUCGAGGCCCAAUGCAUCCGCAUUGUCUUGCUCUGCUCGCGGGGGUGAGCGUGGUACUGCUGCAUCAGUCUGGGCUCAAAGCAGCCGCAAUAUUGAUUCUUUCAGCCAGCGUGAAGCCAGCACCCCGGCCAGCAGCGUUGCCAAUCAACCUUUCAGGGCGAGUGAUAUCUCGGCUGCCGAGCUUAGUCGACGCGUCGCGAUGGCUGAGACAUGUUCGACGCCUCUUGCUGGCUCUCAUACUCUGACUGGUACGAUCAGUCCUUUCGACAUAGUCUCUGCUCCUGCCUCUCUUCCUGGUCAUGUCCGCUCAAAGGCUUCCCUUACUGGCACCUCUUAUCGCAACUCGCCCGGUCUGACCCCGCUGGCUCCAUCCAAGCUCGAGUCGACUCCCGCUUCCACGCUCGUUGGCACGAUCCUUGACAAGCGCGGCCAAGAGGCAAGCUUGCUACUGCAACAGCAACUCAAGAACGGUAGUCGCGAACGACAGGAAGAGAUCUUUCAAGCCAUCUGCGCUAGGCUUGUUGCACUUUCGCACGAUCGUCACGGCAACUUCUUAGUCCAAAGUGCCAUCGAAGCUCGACCUGAGAUGGUAAUGCAUCUUGGAGGCGCUUUUGUUGAGCUGACCAUGUCGCAGUUUGGAUGUCACGUUGUUCAGAAGGCGCUCGAGUGCGAGGAAAAUGUCGGCCAAGCUGUUACUGAAGAGUUACUUGGUUCACGACUCGACCAGACUCUCACUUCUCGACACUCGAUUCAUGUCUGGCAGCGCAUCCUGGAGACAGAGUGGAAGGAACCUCAGUUCCGCGAGCAAAUCUUUGCAUCCAUUAACAAGCAACUCAAGGGUCAGUGGGCACGCACUGCUCGACAGGAGACCGGCAGCAUCAUUUGCCAAAACAUCUUUGAAUCCGCACAGUCAACGGAGAAAGCGGAAUGCAUGCAAGAAGUACUCGAGCAGCUUGACGAAUGUGCCACGAAUCAAUGGGGCGUUUGGGUGGUACAGCACAUGAUCGAACACGGUGCCCAAGAAGAACGCCGUGCUGUCUUGAGUCGCCUUGUACGCUCGGCUUGCAAACUAACUUUAUCUCAGUACGGCCAGAAAGCGGUAAUGAGCGCACUCAAGACGGGUGAUGGGCAAUUCCUUCAAGACUACGUCGAAGCCAUGUGUCAUAGCUCGCAGCCUCGUCGACCUGGCUUGAUCGACGUCUGUCUAGCUGCCCAUGGAAUUCAGGUUGUUACGCAGCUCUUGACGACGGUGGAUCAAAAGACUCGCGAACGAAUCAUCUCAACCGUACGACGCAACUCUGUCUUGCUCAAAGGAAGCAGAGCGGGCAUGAAGGUACACCAGCUCUGCGAGCGUGCGCGCGCUUUUACUGGCUACUGA